AUGUCGAGUGAUCAGUUCAAGGCAGUCGGGAUUGCAACCGCUAAGGGGAUUGGCCGAGGCUCCAAAGCCUUGGGAAAAGCGGGAUAUAGGACCUACAAGAAGAACGAGGCAAAAAGAAAGGGUACAGAGUAUGUCGAGCCAGCAAGUGACAAGAGUGGUAAAUCAGAGGCCAAUGAAACGUCGGAGAGUGUACCAUACGUUGCUCGUCCAUUGCCAAGCAAAGAAACACUCCAAUCAUAUCAGCCUCCUCCGAGAAGAAACGUGGGCGCUUAUAAGCCAUCAGAAGGUAAAUAUCCAACACCACAAAGUACGACACAACAAUAUCAGCAACCGCAACAGCCUCAAGUAAAUCUGCAAUAUCAACAACCGCAGCAAUACCAGCAACCGCAGCAAUACCAGCAACCGCAGCAAUACCAGCAACCGCAGCAAUACCAGCAACCGCAGCAAUAUCAACAACCUCAACAACCGCAACAACCGCAACAAUAUCAACAACCGCAACAAUAUCAACAACCGCAACAAUAUCAACAAUCGCAACAGUAUCAACAGCCCAUACAGCAGACCACGCAACCAGGCUCUCCGCAAUACACACAGCCGCCUCAGCUAUUGCAACAGACUACAGACGUUUCUGUACAACAAACGAACAAGCCAGCCCCACCACCUCGGCAAGCUCAGCCCACUCCAUUUGUACAAGCUCAUGAACAGAACGUCUUAAAUCCACAGCAAACUGAACAGACAUAUGCUCAACCAUCUCAGCAUGCUCACCCCGCUCAGCCAUACCAUCCACAUACUCAAGAAAUCCAACCACAAUAUCAGCAAGUGCAGUCACAAUUGCAAGUGGAGGCACCACCACCAGCUUACGCUCAACACGAUGAAGUAAUGCAAUACGGACAGCCUCCUGUAUCUCAACCUGUGCAAGGACAAACCCCAGUGCCCCCAAUUGUACCUGGGCAGGGCCAGAUACCACCAAGCUUGCCUAGUAGAGGACCUACUGUAGCCGCUCCAUUACAACCAGUGGCAGCAAACUACCCACUAGUUCAGCAACCCGUAAAUGCUGGUGAAUUGCCACAAAUUGGUCAACAAGAUACCAACUUGACACAAACAGAGAAACCCAAGAGACCAUUGCCCGAUCCAAACUCAUUUCCAGCCCCUCCAACAAGAAAAGUACAAUCGCCAGAUGCUACAGGGUCUUCGCGUAAGAGUAGUGCACACUCAAAAGCAUCACAGAAGCAUGGUGAAUUACAGCAUAGCAACUCGAGUGCUAUUGCAGGUGACUCUGUGGCAACAACUCCGGGUCCACAACCUAACCACACAGAAGAUCAUAGCUUACAACCACCACCAUUGCCUAGUAGAAGUAGCGUAGGCAGUGUCUCCAGUCAUACUUCUGCUAAUAGACCUCUCGAUUCGAAUGCGUUUCCACCACCUCCACAAGUUCACCGCCCAAGAGUGGAAAAGACAAAUGAGGAGGGUAUAGAGGAGGAUAUAGCCCCACCAAUGCCGCUUAGACCUGUUCAAAAUGCAGGCUCAACAGCUUCAAUACCAAUUUCUAUAGGAGAAGCUCCACCAAUGCCCAGAAGACCACUUCAAAGUACAAGCUCGGCAUCUUCAAUUACAAACUCAAGUAAUGACAUCACAGAAGCUGUACAAAAGAAGAAGCCACCGCCAAAACCAGUCAAGAAACCAAAAAAUUUGUCAAGCGAGCAUCAAACUUCCAAUGCUUCGGAGACUAAUCAUCUGGGAAUGCAAAGCGAAUUAGAAAGUGUGUUUAAGAAAAUGAAUGUUAAUAAGUCGAAAUCGGAAUUGGAUGGAGAAAAGAGGGAGCCCGUGGCUAUCACCCCUAAGCCAGCAAAACCUGCAGCCCCACAAUUGAAACCCAAACCUGCAGUAAAACCGAAACCAGAGCUAAAAUCCAAGCCAGCAGCAACAGCAGCAACAGCAGCAACAAUUACGACACCAACAUCCAAUUCUCGUGGCGACCUGCCUUCCACGUCUCAUGUAGACAGGGCAAGCUCUUCAUUCAUUGCUUCUGCGGGCCGUGUUAGAUCACCAACACCCCCUCCCACUCCCAAACCUAGAAACUACAAACGAGCAGCAGCUCCUCCUCCUGUGCCAGAUAAACAAGGUCCUCCUAACUUGGACUUGGAAUUGGGCAGUCAAUGGUUUGCAAAUACAAAUGGACUUGUUCUUCCUAAAUCAUUACAGGGUCUAAAUUAUCAAACUAGUUGUCUGUACACUUCCUCUGGAGGAUCGCAAACAUGGAAUAGAAUUGUAACAGUGCGAUUGAAAGAUUUAUCUAUAGUCUCCUACAAACUUGUUUGGAAUGCAAAUGAUGUCGUAGCGGUGGCGGUGAGUGUUGAUCGGUUUGUUCCAUCGCCAAUUUGUACUAUCCCUUCGAAACAAGAGCUUGUCGCCAAUUACGAGCGAUUUGGAGAGUACGUAGCAUCCUGGAGUGAGCAUCAUAAAGGACAACAAGUUGGUAGUGGAGAGUGCUGGGAUUUGGCGAAAUUUGCCCUUGAGAAGGGAUGUGGCAAGCACGCAUUUGUGUCUCAGUACUAUACUCAUGGUUAUCCUAUUUUGCAAAUUAAAAAUACAGGCUCAGGUGUUGAGUUUGUCAACAGUACCCAACAAUUGGAUGAGAUUAGACGUGGUGAUAUUUUACAGUUUAAAUCUUGCACAUUCUUCAAUACAGCUACAGGUACAACUCAAACAGUGGGUGCUCCUGAUCAUACGAGUGUUGUUGUUGUCAAUGAUGGUGUCAAGUUGCAAGUUGUUGAACAGAAUGUUAAUGGUGUGAGGAGGGUUGUGGAUGGAGAAUAUAUUUUGAAGAACUUGACUGCGGGCGAAGUCUAUGUAUAUAGACCCAUGCCAGCUGAAUGGGCCGGCACUUUAUAA